CACUGAUUGAAUGACAGUAGGAAUGGGGCUUCCAUCACACAACGUCAUGUGUCAGUGGCAUGUGGCUGGCUCAGACCCUGUGCAGUCCUCCUCUUAUGAAAACUGUCUCCUAGAAACAAGUAAAUAACUUGUCCAGGGGACACAGGCCUUUUGUCUCAUAAUCUCCUACUCUUUCCACCAGACCAAUAUGCCAAAAUGUGGAUAAAAGCAUAAUUUUUUAUAAUUGUGGUGAUUCAAGACUGUGCCUAGCUCUACGUAACCCCUGUCAGAUUAAUAUUUUGUAGUAAUAGUAUUUAUUAGAUACCUAUUCCUCUGCAAAGAACUGUAUUAAGUGUUGAAAGAAUACACUGGUAAAAUUAGAUGAGAUCUCUUUGCCCUCAAGAGGCUCACCAUCUAAGGACAAAGGAAGGGAGAUUGAGAACAGAGAUGAGAUAAGACAAUAAGACCACAAAAGCAUCAUGAGAGAUAAGGAAAUACACUGUUAGAAGUGAAAACCUGUAAGCACUCCUCCUCAUUUAUACGUGUAUACUUCAACAAAUACAUCUUUAGCUAACUUCUGAAAUGAUAGUCACGGUACUUGAGAGAUCUUGUUAUUAAAGUUGAAGGACUAAAAUGUGAAUUAGACAUUCCUUGGUGAAAAGCUUCUGGGUGCCUUGAAAAUGCACAAUAUCUAGUUAACAUUAAAAUAUAUCCUAUUUUUUUCUUUUCAGGGCAGAACACAGUGCAUUUAUCCAUUUCUGGCUCCAGGUGUCUUUUCCUUCCACUGUUUACAACCUAGAACCAAUGUGAUGUCUGAUAGAGUUAAAUAUUUUAGUGAUGUAUCUAAACAUUUUAGGAAUGGCAGUGAAGGUAGAUAUUAAUUUGCAGAUUGGCCCAGUUCUCCUUCAUCUCGACAAGAUUGGUGAAAUGGCUGCUGUUAAGAAUGUGUUUGCAAACAAUGUGGCAGGAAUUCCAUCCUCUGGUACAAGUAGUGCUGAACCACAAACGCUGGGGGAAUUAAGAACUGUUCAUCCACAUCCUGAGCCUGUUUGGAUACAGCCUGCCAUGGCGAUAGUUUGGACAUAUUCGAACAGCACCAAAACAGUCCACAAUUAUGGAGGUAGAGAAUGCUCUUCCCACGAAGCAAGCCUAUUCAAUGGAGCAUGCCAACACCACGAAAGAUGUGUUUGGAACAGGGGCUUGGAUAUCAUUAAACUGUGCUUUUGCCAUCUUGGGCCAUGUUGGAGGGCUUAUCUGAAAAGAUACUCCAGAGCUGUCAACCAUCGUUUUAUCUGCUUGUGUCAGAGUUACUGCAGUACUGUUAUUAACAGCUUCCUUGUGGAAUUCCAUCACAGCUUAUUUUCCAGAGCUCCCCAGCAUUCCAGGUUUGAUCUUUCCUCAUUCUCGACUGAGAAGCCGUCACAGAUAUAUACCAAAAAAUGAUGUCCUAAAAAACAAAUAAUACUUCCUCCCACGAGAUGAAAAGAAUGCAUCUCCUGACUGGAGCGAUGACCAGUAUCUUAGGAAAAGCAGAAAGGGCUAGAUGUCUACAUCAACCACUAGGACAGCGGAUCUAAGAAAAAGAGCACCUACUCAAGUGCCACCAUUCUGUAGAAGAGCAUCCGUUAGACUCUGUUGAAGCAUCUCUCCAGAUCACUGAUGCUAAGUGGGAAAGAAUAUACUAAAAGAAGUCAAAACAGAGUAACAUUUUGAAAGCAAAGGAGAACAACAGCUACUGGAUUGAGAGAGAAGUUACAGUUUAGAAUUCCUGCUGGACCCAUACACCUCCUAAGAAUAUCUUCGGUGGCUCUUCAGUCAGAAACACUCAUCACUGGUGCAGAGCCCCAGAAGGAAGAACCAGCACUACAGCCCAGGCAAAGACCCCCAAAAGUGAGAAGUCAAGAGGGAAAGCCCGUUGAUGGAUUUCACCAGUAGCAUUGGGAAAGGAUUAGAAUGGCUGAACACAGAAAGUCCAAUUUAUAUGUACAAAGACCUCUCUGGGAAAGUGGUGGUACUGGAUUUCUUCACUUACUGCUGCAUCAACUGCAUUCACCUGCUGCCUGAUCUCCAUGCACUAGAACAAAAGUUUUCUGAUGAAGAUGGCCUUGUUGUUGUUGGAGUCCAUUCGGCUAAGUUUCCAAAUGAAAAAGUUCUGGAUAAUAUUAAAAGUGCUGUUCUUCGCUAUAAUAUCACCCAUCCUGUGGUGAAUGAUGCUGAUGCAAGCCUUUGGCAAGCACUAGAAGUGUCCUGCUGGCCAACCUUGGUCAUUCUUGGGCCUCGUGGGAACAUGCUUUUUUCUCUGGUUGGAGAGGGACACAAAGAGAAAUUAUUUUUGUUUACUUCAGUUGCUCUAAAGUACUACAAAGGUAAAGGACAGAUCAAAGACAAUAAAAUUGUAAUAAAACUCUAUAGAGACUUUUUGCCACCCUCUCCCUUGCUAUUUCCUGGCAAAGUGGCAGUAGACAGGGCAACCGGUAGGCUAGUGAUAGCUGACACCGGACAUCACAGAAUUUUGGUUGUCAAGAAGAAUGGACAAAUCCAGUACAGCAUUGGAGGACCCAACAGUGGAAGAAAAGAUGGAACAUUUUCAGAGUCAGCUUUCAACUCCCCACAAGGUGUUGCUAUUAAAAAUAAUAUAAUUUAUGUAGCAGAUACAGAAAAUCAUCUAAUUAGAAAGAUUGACUUGGAAGUUGAGCAGGUAAGCACGGUGGCCGGCGUCGGAGUCCAAGGCACAGACAAAGAAGGAGGAGCCAAGGGAGAGGCCCAGCCGAUCAGUUCACCUUGGGAUGUUGCCUUUGGAACUUCAGAGGACAACAGAGAUUAUAUUUUGUGGAUAGCAAUGGCGGGGACACAUCAAAUCUGGGCACUGCUCUUAGACAGUGGAACACUGCCAAAAAAAAGUGAGUUAAAAAAAGGAACCUGUCUCCGGUUUGCGGGGAGUGGAAAUGAAGAGAACCGUAAUAAUGCAUAUCCCCACAAGGCAGGAUUUGCCCAGCCUUCAGGUCUUUCUUUGGCCUCCGGAGAACCGUGGAAUUGCCUGUUCAUAGCAGACAGUGAAAGCAGUACUGUGCGAACCAUCUCACUGAAAGAUGGAGCAGUGAAACAUCUUGUUGGAGGAGAGAGAGAUCCCAUGAAUUUAUUUGCCUUUGGAGAUAUUGACGGAGCAGGGAUAAAUGCAAAGCUGCAGCACCCACUUGGAGUAACUUGGGAUGAGAAAGGGAACUUGCUUUAUGUGGCAGAUUCUUAUAACCACAAGAUUAAAGUCGUGGAUCCCAAAACCAAAAACUGUGCUACUUUAGCAGGAACGGGAGAAGCAAGUAAUGUUAUCGGUUCCAGUCUUACUCAAACCACUUUUAACGAACCAGGCGGUUUGUGUAUUGGAGAGGAUGGGCAUUUGCUAUACGUCGCUGAUACAAAUAAUCAUCAAAUUAAAGUGCUGGAUUUAGAAGCAAAAACUGUUUCAGUUUUCCCUAUCCUGAAUUCUGAAACUGCGGUUGACGGUCGAACCCUAGAAAAGAAGGUGGCAAAAUUACCAAAACUCCCUAAAUUUGCUCCAAAAAUUGAACUUUCCCCAUUGACUGUCUGCCCUGGCCAGACUCUUCGAUUUGGAUUAAGAUUGGUUCUUCCUGCAAAAUCAAAGCUGACGGAAGAAGCAGCCAGUUUCUGGUAUCUCACUGCUGAAGGCAAUGAAUGGCUGCUUCAAGGACAAACUCCAUUGGGGGAAAUAAAGGAUAUUUCCAAUCCAUGUGAAAUAUCACUGCUGAUUCCUUGCAGUUGUGUGUCAUUUCAGGUUAUACUAUCUGUCAAUGUAUUUCUGUAUUACUGUAGUGUAGACAGCAGUGCCUGUAUGAUGAAAGGAAUCUUAUUCAAUCAGCCUUUACAAAUAGCUAAAACACACCAAGGUAGCCUAGCUCCAGUGGAGCUGACAUAUGUAUUUUAACCACCUAACCUUUCCAGCACAUCUGUACACUAUAAUUUAUUGAUGAAUAUUUUCAAACAAAAGCUUUCCUUCAGUCUCUUGUCCCUUAGUGUUUAAUACCCAACUCAUUACUUUGAUGCUGCAUCUCCUGUUAAAAUGAAAUCACCAUAGUUUCUACAAAUUUAUCAUUAGAAAUACAAAUUUCAUUGCCUUAUUAGGACCAAUUAAGUAAUCUGCCAUCGUAUGAACAUUGAUGGUUUCACAGCAUAAGCUAUAGUUUGAGUAGAAUGGCUUUGAAGUCUUACUGUAGCUACUGAAAAAGAUUUGUUUUUCAACAUGAAAAUGGAAGGUGCUGGCAUUAACUUUCAGAUGACGAAGUAAAUUCUGCUGAAGCCCCAGAAACCAGCAUAUAGCCCUGUGAGCCCCAGUUGGGAAGCUUGGUGUUCAAAGUCAGAGGACUAUGCUCAUCAUCCUCCUUCACCCCCUCUUGCUGCUAGGAAUUUGGGAAGCAUUUCUGCAAAACACCUUAAACUGCCAGGUAAAAAUCAUCAGGGUAAAGAAGGCACAGACUGGCUGACUUGAAACUAUCUGUUAAUCAGGUUAACAGGGACUUCAUGCCAAUGGGGAGAAUUUACACAGUGGAACCUCUUUUCCUCAGGAGGAGUAGCCAGUUCAGCUUGUCUGUGCUUGGAGGUUGCUGUAACAAAGUGCUGGUUAGUAGAGCUUUCCAGUUGGCACCAUGCCAGCAAUCUACAUUUUUAACUCUAUUAUAUACCAUAUUUCAAAAUACCAACAGAGGAGUUUACACCUGAAUACCCUUUCACACCAAAGCUUAGUUGGAUUCAAGGAUCAUUCCAUAUUUUAAUGUGCAUAGAUGGUCUCAGAGAACUUAGAUUACAGUUAUGAGCUAUGUUUUUCAUGUUUCCAUGAAAGCACUUAAAAGAAAUGUGUAUUUUAAAAACACAAUAGGUAUUGUUUUCUAAUCAAAAAUGGUUCUCCUGCUUUAAUACAAUAUUCUUUAUAUGAGUACUGCCUUAUUCUGAAAAAUCAAAGUUAAUCCUCAAACCCAUAUGCAUGUCCUAAACAUAUGCUGAAAUAUUUGCACAGUGAUAGAAAAUAAUGUGCACAUUAUUGUUGAAGGAUUUAGUUGGCUGCUAUUAUGCAUAAUAAUAUUCAACUACUAGAAUAUUUACAAUGACAGACCAGAUAGUUUUAUAAUAAUGAAGAAUUUAUAUUGAUAAGUCCUUAUAUUUAUAUUUGUCCAUUAUUAAAAAGCCAUUCAGUCUAAAUGUCUAAUAAUUUGCUCUUUUCAAGUUUUAACUGUUUGUUAUUAUUUAUUAGCCUUUUGAGGGGAAUUUUUAAAAGCCUACAUAUUGUGGCAAGAACUUAAUGUAAAAAUACUACAGUGAUGUAACAUUGUCUUUAAGCCAAUUGUUCUCUAAAAUAACCGUCCAACAUUCAAGAUGUGAUGGCAGUCCUCUGUGGACAUCAAAAAGAACAGAGAAAUCUGGAAGUCUUUUCUGUAAAUUUUGAAAUCUUGAAAAAUGUACUUCUGUAUGCUGUUGAGGGAAAUGUUAAAUAUAUUUCAGUGAAUUUGGGUUAAGGUUUGUUUUUCUUUCUUCAUAUAUUCCCUAAAAUGUUUCUAGCAGUUCUAGUCACCUGUUAAGAUUUUGAAAUAGUCAAAGCAUGCUACAAAUCUUCAGAACAGUCUGCUGCCUAAAAUGCUGCUCAUCAUAUGAUCAGAUGUCCGGGAAUAAGACUUUUCCUUUCUUUGGGUUGAAAACAAGCAGAUUUGCACCACUUAACAGUUUUGAAACUUGAAAUGGACAUAAAGAAGUCCUUCUGCUCUUUUUUAAAAUAUUAGAGAUAAAUAUAGUUAGGCAGUUCAUUUGAAAGAUGCAAAAUGAUCAGCUAUCUUUUUCCUAAAGUUAUAUUCAUUAAGGAAAAAAAUUGAUCUUAUGAUCUAUUUUAACCUUCUGGAUUUAUUGAGUAUGCUUUUUGAAAAGUAAAAAUGGCUUUGUAAGGAAUCCCAAAUUCCAUUUCUAAUUACAAUAGUUCCCCAGUUUUCUUAGUAAAAUCACAGGAAUAACUUGAGUGACAAAACUUAACUAUUUGCCUUGAGUAUACCAUUUGGCUGGAAUAAAGGACUUUGAAUUUUUGCCUGA